AUGAAGCGCCAGCAGGUAAGCGUUUUCAGAGCAUCCACCAUGCUGCCCUAUUUCAUCCACUUAUGCUAUGUAGGCUAUUAUGGUAGGUACGGUAUGGUAGCCUAAAUGUCUCACUCAAUGAUUUGACCUUGAGAGUAACCGCACCAGUGCCUACUGCACCUCUAUUCACAAGAUCAAAUGCGUUCUGCAAAAUCGAAUGCAUGUAAUAAUAGAAAUAAAUAAAUGCUAUGAUCACGCUUCCAACGUGCCUUCCAUGGCUUUACUUUCGUUUGAUAUUCAUCAUAGCAUUAGCCCCAUAAUCCAAGGUACAUCUGUGAAAUGGGUUGAUGAAAUGAGAUGCAUAUGGACAGCUGCUCUGUUGAUGCUGCAUGGCUGAUGGCCACUUCGUCACACGAGAGAAGCUAUACAAAAAUGUCACACAUCUCCAUUCCAAUUCCAUUCCCUGGUUUUAUUAUAUUCACAGAGAGCAAACAAAGGGCCUAUAUAAUGGCCUAUGACAAAUCCCAUGCAGAUCCUGGUGCAUUAAGUUGAAAACUGUAACCGCAGAAAUGCUAUCAUAAAUACAGAUAGAGCGUGUGUGUUAAGGGUACUUCAGCACGGACAAGGAAUUACCACGAUAAAUACAAUAAAGUACAGUUUCAUGGAUAUGCUUCAUAAGCGAGAGAGAGAGAGAGAGAGAGAGCGCACACUCUUGGUGAUGAGAAGAUCUCGGCCAUAGUCAGUUCAUAGCACUUAAAAUCUGUCCUGCUACCUCAUUUCAGGAAGAUAUUUUCUAUUUGUAAUAGCACUACAAAUCUUGAUUUCAAAGCAAAAACAGUAUCUGCCAUACCUGGAAGCAGGGUAGAUAUGAGACACAUGCCGUGUGUGCUUUGCUAUUUGUGUGGUUGCGUGUGUGUGUUUUUUAGAGAGGACAUAAAGAAAAUGUGUUCGUAAGUGUGGGGGUGGAUGACUGCUUGCUUUUGCUACAAUUGUAUAUGCAUUGCCAGUUGGCGUCUUCUAUGCAGAUACAUUUGUGUUUUCACUCAUAUUGGAGAUGUAUGGAGCUAUUUAAAAGACUGGCUUUUAGAGAAUCCACAGAAGGUAGACCCGCUGUGAUAAAACCCUUAUUAAACUGUGAUGUGGCAGCCAACUAACUUUGUCCAGGGAUUGCAUGUUGAGUUAAAUGAUUUGCUAAGCUAUAAUUACACACACCUAUUAUUUGUCCUUAUCUCUUCAUUUGGCGUAUUAGCACGGCAUGUGUAUGAUUCCCUAACAUCUUAAAGAAGUUCCCAUGAGGAGGAAAACAAGAUACAAGCUGUUAAGAAAAUUGGCUCUCUUGAACAUCACCUCUACACCAUGCCUCAGUCUGUGCUAAACACUUAAUUCAGGGUAUUGCACAUUCAUUGAAAUGUAUCCACAUACAUUUACUGGCUUUACUCAUCUGAAUGUACUUCGAACACUGCUGUUUUGCAUUCUGAUCAUGGCUGAUAGAGAUAUUUAAUCUCAGUGUUACCACUGUGAUAACUACUCACCUAGUGAAUUCCACACCUGGAGUCCCACAUCCUGACAUGUCCUGACCAGUCUCUCUCUCCUUUGCCUUGCAGUUUCCCAGAACGCCGGAGGGAGGAUGGACCGGCUGAUCUUCUCCCUGUUGGUGCUGGCCGUCUCCACCAGGGGGCAGCUGUGCCCCAAGCGCUGCAUGUGCCAGAACGUGUCCCCCUCGCUGGCCAUCCUCUGUGCUAAGACGGGCCUACUCUUCGUGCCCACCGUCAUCGACCGGCGCACCGUGGAGCUGCGGCUCACUGAGAACUAUAUCACAGCCAUAAGGAGGCGGGACUUUGCCAACAUGACUAGUUUGAUCCAUCUGACGUUGUCCCGCAACACCAUAAGCCAGAUCAUGCCUUACACCUUCGAGGACCUCAAGCGGCUGCGGGCGCUGCACCUGGACAGCAACCGGCUGAGUGUUAUCAGGGAUGACCACUUUCGGGGGCUCACCAACCUUAGGCACCUGAUCUUGGCCAACAACCAGCUGCACAAUAUCUCUCCCCACGCCUUUGACGACUUCACAGGAACCUUGGAAGACCUGGACCUGUCCUACAACAACCUGGUGGACAUUCCCUGGGAGACGAUAGGUCGUCUAACCAACGUCAACACCCUUAACAUGGACCAUAACCUUAUAGAGCAUGUACCCCAAGGGAUCUUCACCAACCUGCACAAGCUGGCGCGUCUAGACAUGACGUCCAAUAAGCUUAAGAAGAUCCCACCAGAUCCACUUUUUCUGCGCAUCCCUGUCUACGCUAAAGCCAAAGGAUCUCCUCAGUCGUCAUUGGUGAUGAGUUUUGGCGGAAACCCCCUCCACUGUAACUGUGAGCUGCUGUGGCUAAGGAGGCUGACCAGAGAAGACGACCUGGAGACAUGCGCCUCUCCUCCAGACCUCACAGCCAAGUACUUCUGGACUAUCCCCGAGGAGGAGUUCAUCUGUGACCCUCCGGUCAUGACCAGGAAGUCUGCCAAGACCUUCACCAUAGAGGGCCAGCCCACCAGUCUGAAGUGCAAGGCUAACGGAGACCCGGACCCAGAGAUUCACUGGAUUUCCCCCGAGGGCCGUCUGAUCUCCAACACGUCACGGACUGUCACCUUCAGCAACGGCAGCCUGGACAUCAACAUCACCUCCCUGAAGGACUCUGGAACCUUCACCUGCAUUGCCUCCAACGCGGCGGGGGAGUCCACGGGCCAGGUGGAGCUGGUGGUCAACACCCUCCACCACCUGGUCAACCGCACCAACCAGCUAUGGGAGCCCGACCCUGGCCCUUCAGACAUCCUUACCUCGGCCAAGUCCACCAUGGCCACAGGCAACGACACACGGAAGAACCAGGAGGGGAGGGUGCUGAUUGCGGAGCUGACAGCUAGCUCAGUGCUGAUCAAAUGGCCAUAUCAGAACUACGUCCCUGGGAUCAGGAUGUACCAGGUCCAGUACAACAGUUCCCUGGAUGACACGCUCAUCUACAGGUGAGGAGGGAUAGGGAUCUGAACAGGGGUGAUGGUGAAAUGAAGAGGGGAAAUAGCUUCAGUCUCUUGGUUAGAAUGAGUUAAUUACUUUCAAAUGUGUUUUUUGUAUUAAUGACCUACUCAAGGUUUUAUGAUUAAAUGACAUUUUGAUUCACAGAUGUACAAUUACAAGAUGUCUAUCAGCUAAACAGUAGCAAUCAUAAGAACACCAGAAACAUUUCAUCUUGUACAAAUGUAUGUAAUUAUAAUGAGUUGAGAAUGAGGUGGUAAUUACUCAUCGUUAUUUGCAAGAGAUAAACAGGGACAAUUUUUCAUUUGCUUUGAGAAAACAUGUUUAAUCUCUUCUUAAUUAUUAUUUCUCUCCUUUGUUCUUGUUCCAAGGUUUAUUUGUAAUAAUUUUUCAUUUUGAUGCUUCCUUCAUUGCAUAUGCAAGGUCCAUCAUCAAUAUAUAUCAAUUUGUAGAGUUUGUAUCACUCUGAUAGAUGCUGAUGGACCGUUCUGUAACUCUAUGACAACUAUUUUUGUCAUCAAAAAGUAUUGGUUUUCAUUCAAGUCUCCUCACGUCGUCUUACAGGGCCUGGCCCAGGGCUAUAUGCAGGUGGGUUGUAUAGAUUUUCUGCUCUGAUCAAUGGCAGGGGUCACCAAGGGAGUAUAUUGAUUUGGGAUCUCAUUUAGAGCGUCCACGCCGAGAUUCUGGUGGCAAAUCUUAGUGACUGAAGAUAUGCGGGUCUGUCCCACUGUCGAAAAUGCACAGCCAUAGUAAGAGAAAGAGAGAACUUCACUUUCUUUGGUGUUUUCAAUCUUUGUUUCAGGGGAAAUGUAUUCCCCAAGAGGUGUCUGUUACCACGGGGAGUUGGAGAGAUGACUUUGAAUGCCGAACACGUAGAGGAACAUUGUGCACAGAGAGACACAGUUUGGAUUGUGGUUAGUUUUAGAGCAGGUACACAGUCUACAGACUGAUUCUUCUGUGCUCUAAUGAACUCUCUCUCAGCAGAUAUUGUGGGGAGCCUAAACUAAUUAACUGACUGGGACAGGAGAGAUGUUACUAUAGGUGAAUUUAUCUACCACCAAGGACUUAAACCUGGCUCCCUGAUUCCAUUCCUCAUUGACUAGUUGUCUGAUUUAUUUAUUUGGUGUGGGCAAGCAGUGAGCACACAUGCACACACAUACAGUGCCUUGCAAAAGUAUUCAUCCCCCUUGGUGUUUUUCCUAUUUUGUUGCUUACAACCUGUAAUUUAACCCUCCCAUUGUCCUAGGGUCAAAAUGACCCGCCACUGUGUUGAACCAACUUUAUUUUAUUUUUAUAUUUUUUUGAUCAUUUGUGAGAAGGAGGCAGUGAUACUUUCUUUAAAGUCUCACUGCCUCCUUCUCACAAAUGAUCCCAAAAAUAUAAAAAUGAAAUAAAGUUGGUUCAACACAGUGGCGGGUCAUUUUGACCCUAGGACAACGGGAGGGUUAAAUGGAUUUUUAUUUGGAUUUCAUUUACUGGACAUACACAAAAUAGUCCAAAUUGGUGAAGUGAAAUUUAAAAAAAAUAAUAACGGAAAACUGGUGCAUGCAUAUGUAUUCACCCCCUUAGCUAUGAAGCCCCUAAUUAAGAUCUGGUGCAACCAAUUACCUUCAGAAGUCACAUAAUUAGUUAAAUAAUGUCCACCUGUGUGCAAUCUAAGUGUCACAUGAUCUGUCACAUGAUCUCAGUAUAUAUACACCUGUUCUGAAAGGCCCCAGAGUCUGCAACACCCCUAAGCAAGGGGCACCAUCAAGCAAGCGGCACCAUGAAGACCAAGAAGCUCUCCAAACAGGUCAGCGACAAAGUUGUGCAGAAUUACAGAUCAGGGUUGGGUUAUAAAAAAAUAUCAGAGACUUUGAACAUCCCACAGAGCAUCAUUAAAUCCAUAAUUAAAAAAUAUAAAGAAUAUGGCACCGCAACUAACCUGCCAAGAGUUGGCCGCCCAACCAAAACUCAUGGACCAGGCAAGGAGGGCAUUAAUCAGAGAGGCAACAAAGAGACCAAAGAUAAACCUGAAGGAGCUGCAAAGCUCCACAGCGGAGAGUGGAGUAUCUGUCCAUAGGACCACUUUAAGCCAUACACUCCACAGAGCUGGGCUUUACGGAAGAGUAGCCAGAAAAAAGCCAUUGCUUCAAGAAAUAAAUAAGCAAACACAUUUGGUGUUCGCCAAAAGGCAUGGGGGAGACUCCCCAAACAUAUGGAAGAAGGUACUCUGGUCAGAUGAGACUAAAAUUGAGCCUUUUGGCCAUCAAGGAAAACGCGAUGUCUGGCGUAAACCCAUCACCUCUCAUCACCCAGAGAACACCAUCGUGGUGGUGCCAACAUCAUACUGUGGGGAUGUUUUUCAUCGGCACGGACUGGGAAACUGGUCAGAAUUGAAGGAAUGAUGGAUGGCGCUAAAUACAGGGAAAUUCUUGAGGGAAACCUGUUUCAGUCUUCCAGAGAUUUGAGACUGGGACGGAGCUUCACCUUCCAGCAGGACAAUGACCCUAAGCAUACUGCUAAAGCAACACUUGAGUGGUUUAAGGGGAAACAUUGAAAUGUCUUGGAAUGGCCUAGUCAAGCCCAGACCUCAAUCCAAUUGAGAAUCUGUGGUGUGACUUAAAGAUUGCAGUACACCAGCAGAACCCAUCCAACUUCAAGGAGCUGGAACAGUUUUGCCUUGAAGAAUGGGCAAAAAUCCCAGUGGCUAGAUGUGCCAAGCUUAUAGAGACAUACCCCAAGAGACUUGCAGCUGUAAUUGCUGCAAAAGGUGUCUCUACAAAGUAUUGACUUUGGGGGGGGUGAAUAGUAGUGCACGCUCAAGUUUUCUGGUUUUGUUUGUUUCACAAGAAAAAAUAUUUUUCAUCUUCAAAGUGGUAGGCAUGUUGUGUAAAUCAAAUGAUACAAACCCCCCAAAAAUCAAUUUUAAUUCCAGUUUGUAAGGCAACAAAAUAGGAAAAAUGCCAAGGGGGUUGAAUACUUUCGCAAGCCACUGCAUGCACACACACAGUUAUGUAAACUUAGCAUAUUACAGUGUGUUUCUUGCACCUGUCUACACACCCACUGAAGGGUAUGAGCACAUAGUACACUAAAAGGCAUUCAAUACACUAAUACAAACACACACCCACACAAACAAAGCAAGUAGAGUACAGUACAUUUCUUAAACAGCUCAUCAUAUAAAACAUAUUUCUUUGUUUUAGAUUAAUCAAAGGUUUUGUUCGACUCUAAGGCAGCAACGCUAGCUUAAAUUCUGCCUCUGUCUUCCAUAUUGAUUUGGAAGAAGAGAGGAAUGUUCAUAAGGGACAUGUUUCAUGGGCGAGGAGCUCAAGCUAACAACAACUCCCCGAAGCUAUAAUUUAUAGACAAUUUUCGAAAGCUGUGUAGAGGAAUGGCGUAACAGCCACUGCCAGGUCCCAGUAAACAACACACCACAGCCCAAAUAUUAUUAAGAGCGAAUCAGUAUAGCUGCUAUGUUCUCUUUGGUCUGUUCCAGCUCCUACUCAAAAUGUGUCCUUGAUCAUUUUAGGCAUUUCUGUAAAAAAAAAAUAUAUGUUUCUAGCAAAUUUAGUAAAUACCAGUAGGACUUGAUAGUCCCUUCCUUCAUGACCACUAAUCUGAAAUGACUUGACAGAUGCAUUCGAUUCAAUGUAAAUCAAUGCCCUCCUUUCACAUGUCAAUGGCCAGAAAUAAAAUGAGAAUAUUAAAGGAAGGCAUCUGACAGUAUUGGGACAUGGCCCCUACCAAUUCCUCUGAUGUAGGAAGUGAUUGAUAGUUUAUAUCAGACGGAUGAAGCUUGAAGCACCCGGGACCGGCUGUGAGGACCGUUGGGGUCCACUGUAUAUUUGCUGGCACAGUCACUUGAGCGGUACCCAUCGAUGGCAUUGAUAGUGUAUCCAUGCAGGGUGUCAUCAGGAAUCAAUGGGACCCAGCUGGACUUAGGCAGCAGUCACUCCUCCUCAACUCCCUUUAACGUCUCUACUUUACAGGACUAUUGGCCGCACGGACUCCUCCGAGCUCCUCUCAGUCCCUCUCUGUGGUGGGGCCCUGGUGAAUAGAGGCCCCACCACAAUAGAAUAGCACCGUCGUACACACACACUCCAUUCAUGCUCUGCUUCAUAAAUCACCUCUGCAUGAGGCUCUAUUAGGGAUGGGCGGAAGAGCACUUUAGGGGGAGAUAGUGAAAGCAAGAAGUGAAGAGAGAAAGAUUUGAGAGAGCAGAUAUUUUGUCACUGUGAUAUCAUGAUUAUCAGCUAAACUAUAUUACUAAGGGAUGGAAGUUUGUUCUGUCAUUUUAAAUCAGGGAUUAGGCUCAGAAUGUGUAAUCGAAACUAUUACAGCUAUUAGCAGUUGAAUAGACUCUUUCUUGGCAAAAUCCACUUGUGUGCAAGUGGACUCAUGUCAGAGAAAGGAAGGCAUUUACUGUUUGCUCACUUAUACCAUUGGUUGUUUUAAUACUUUGUGACGACUAAUGAGCUUACCAAUCCACUCACUUGACAGACCUUUAUACUUGAGUGAUUAUUAGUAUACAUACAACAUUCAUCACCUAUUUAUUUGGUACCUUUGUUGGCUCUCUGAUAUGGGUUUUUUGGGAGAGACAAAGCCAUCCCACUGGGCACACACUGGUUGAAUCAAUGUUGUUUCCACGUCAUUUCAAUGUUGGUUCCACAUAAUUUCAAUGAAAUGACGUGGAACCAACGUGGAAUAGACGUUGAGUUGACGUCUUUGCCCAGCGCUAUCAUUGGUAUGCAAACAUUUGCCCACUUUAAGUGUACCUGCAAUAUCUCUCACAGUCAUUAUAAGGUCUAUAUAUAGUCAGAACAAAUCAAAACAUUAACAUAAGGGAUUCUUCAAAACAAAGGCUUGGCAAAGUAUGAUACCUGGAGUAAAACGGAGCAUGGCAUAAGUGAAUUCCCCAAAUUAUGGUUUUGAUAAGACUCAGUUGCCAACAAGCUCAUCCUAUUUUCAAACGUGACAGGUAAUUUCCUUUUGGUGUUGUACUUGAAGGCCCCAUGCAAAGAGGCCACAAUGACAUGUUCACAGCAUUGCCUUGUGAGAAAUCAAAGUAGAAUCAAACAGAAGAGCAUUACAUUGCUGUACACAGCUCCUCCUGAGCAAUGGGUAUACCAUCAACAUAGCUGUCUCACUGUGCAUCAUGGUGCAGCAUAGCACCUGUACAGAGAUGGCUAGAUAUACAAAAAGCGAAAUAUGUAGGUUUUGGCUGAGGGAACAAGCUGGCCUACCUUGACAUUAUUUUAUUUUUCGUGAUAUCCAAUUGGUAGUUACAGUCUUGUCCCAUCGCUGCAACUCCCGUAUGGACUCGGGAGAGGCGAAGGUUGAGAGCCAUGCGUCCUCCGAACCACGACCCUGCCAAGCCGCACUGCUUCUUGACACACUGCUUGCUUAACCCGGAAGCCAGCCGCACCAAUGUGUCGGAGGAAACACCGUACAACUGGCAACUGUGUCAGCGUUCAUGCGCCCGGCAUGCCACAGGAGUCGUUAGAGCGCGAUGGGACAAGGACAUCCCGGCUGGCCAAACGCUCCCCUAACCCGUACGAUGCUGGGCCAAUUGUGCGCCGCCUCAUUGGUCUCCUGGUCGCGGCCGGCUGAGACACAGCCCGGGAUCAAACCCAGGUCUGUAGUGACCGCUGCGCCACUCGGGAGGCCCCUCCCUUGAACUCUUUACUUUACGGUCCUCAGUGUUAUGUUUCAUUGGAACUAACCUCCAAACUGGCCAGGGCUUUAAAGCUUAAAGGAUGACUCGUCCAGUUCACAUAGUGGCUUGCGAAAGUAUUCACCCACCAUGGCAUUUUUCCUAUUUUGUUGCCUUACAUUAAAAUGGAUUUUUUUGAAGUUGGUAUCAUUUGAUGUACACAACAUGCCUACCACUUUGAAGAUGCAAAAUAUUUUUUAUUGUGAAACAAACAAGAAAUAAGACAAAAAAACAGAGAACUUGAGCGUGCAUAACUAUUCACCCCCCCAAAGUAAAUACUUUGUAGAGCCACCUUUUGCAGCAAUUACAGCUGCAAGUCUCUUGGGGUAUGUCUCUAUAAGCUUGGCAUAUCUAGCCACUGGGAUUUUUGCCCAUUCUUCAAGGCAAAACUGUUCCAGCCACCUUGAAGUUGGAUGUGUUCUGCUGGUGAACUGCAAUCUUUAAGUCAUACCACAGAUUCUCAAUUGGAUUGAGGUCUGGGCUUGACUAGGCCAUUCCAAUACAUUUCAAUGUUUCCCCUUAAACCACUCAAGUGUUGCUUUAGCAGUAUGCUUAGGGUCAUUUUCCUGCUGGAAGGUGAACCUCCGUCCCAGUCUCAAAUCUCUGGAAGACUGAAACAGGGUUCCCUCAAGAAUAUCCCUGUAUUUAGCACCAUACAUUAUUCCUUCAAUUCUGACCAGUUUCCCAGUCCCUGCCGAUGAAAAUCAUCCCCACAGCAUGAUGCUGCCACCACCAUGCUUCACUGUGGGGAUGGUGUUGUCGAGGUGAUGAGAGGUGUUGGGUUUGCGCCAGACAUAGCGUUUUCCUUGAUGGCCAAACAGCUCAAUUUUAGUUUCAUCUGACCAGAGUACCUUCUUCCAUAUGUUUGGGGAGUCUCCCACAUGCCUUUUGGCGAACACCAAAGCCUAGCUCUGUGGAGUGUAUGGCUUAAAGUGGUACUAUGGACAGAUACUCCAAUAUCCGCUGUGGAGCUUUGCAGGUCCUUCAGGGUUAUCUUUGGUCUCUUUGUUGCCUCUCUGAUUAAUGCACUCCUUGCCUGGUCUCAAAUCAAAUCAAAUCAAAUUUUAUUGGUCACAUGCGCCGAAUACAACAGGUGCAGACAUUGCAGUGAAAUGCUUACUUACAGCCCUUAACCAACAGUGCAUUUAUUUUUAAACAAAAAAAGUAAGAAUAAAACAACAACAACAAAAAAGUGUUGAGAAAAAAAGAGCAGAAGUAAAAUAAAGUGACAGUAGGGAGGCUAUAUAUACAGUAAAAUAAAGUGACAGUAGGGAGGCUAUAUAUACAGGGGGGUACCGUUGCAGAGUCAAUGUGCGGGGGCACUGGCUAGUUGAGGUAGUUGAGGUAAUAUGUACAUGUGGGUAGAGUUAAAGUGACUAUGCAUAAAUACUUAACAGAGUAGCAGCAGCGUAAAAAGGAUGGGGUGGGGGGGCAGUGCAAAUAGUCCGGGUAGCCAUGAUUAGCUGUUCAGGAGUCUUAUGGCUUGGGGGUAGAAGCUGUUGAGAAGUCUUUUGGUCCUAGACUUGGCACUCCGGUACCGCUUGCCGUGCGGUAGCAGAGAGAACAGUCUAUGACUAGGGUGGCUGGAGUCUUUGACAAUUUUGAGGGCCUUCCUCUGACACCGCCUGGUAUAGAGGUCCUGGAUGGCAGGGAGCUUUGCCCCAGUGAUGUACUGGGCCGUACGCACUACCCUCUGUAGUGCCUUGCGGUCAGAGGCCAAGCAGUUGCCAUACCAGGCGGUGAUGCAACCAGUCAGGAUGCUCUCGAUGGUGCAGCUGUAGAAUUUUUUGAGGAUCUGAGGACCCAUGCCAAAUCUUUUUAGUCUCCUGAGGGGGAAUAGGCUUUGUCGUGCCCUCUUCACGACUGUCUUGGUGUGUUUGGACCAUGAUAGUUCGUUGGUGAUGUGGACACCAAGGAACUUGAAGCUCUCAACCUGUUCCACUACAGCCCCGUCGAUGAGAAUGGGGGCGUGCUCAGUCCUCUUUUUUUUCCUGUAGUCCACAAUCAUCUCCUUUGUCUUGGUCACGUUGAGGGAGAGGUUGUUGUCCUGGCACCACACGGCCAGAUCUCUGACCUCCUCCCUAUAGGCUGUCUUAUCGUUGUCGGUGAUCAGGCCUACCACUGUUGUGUCGUCGGCAAACUUAAUGAUGGUGUUGGAGUCGUGCCUGGCCAUGCAGUCAUGGGUGAACAGAGAGUACAGGAGGGGACUGAGCACGCACCCCUGAGGGGCCCCCGUGUUGAGGAUCAGUGUGGCAGAUGUGUUGUUACCUACCCUUACCACCUGGGGGCGGCCCGUCAGGAAGUCCAGGAUCCAGUUGCAGAGGGAGGUGUUUAGUCCCAGGAUCCUUAGCUUAGUGAUGAGCUUAGAGGGCACUAUGGUGUUGAAUGCUGAGCUGUAGUCAAUGAAUAGCAUUCUCACGUAGGUGUUCCUCUUGUCCAGGUGGGAAAGGGCAGUGUGGAGUGCGAUAGAGAUUGCAUCAUCUGUGGAUCUGUUGGGGCGGUAUGCAAAUUGGAGUGGGUCUAGGGUUUCUGGGAUUAUGCUGUUGAUGUGAGCCAUGACCAGUCUUUCAAAGCACUUCAUGGCUACAGACGUCAGUGCUACGGGUCGGUAGUCAUUUAGGCAGGUUAUCUUAGAGUUCUUGGGCACGGGGACUAUGGUGGUCUGCUUGAAACAUGUUGGUAUUACAGACUCAGUCAGGGACAUGUUGAAAAUGUCAGUGAAGACACUUGCCAGUUGGUCAGCACAUGCUCGGAGUACACGUCCUGGUAAUCCGUCUGGCCCUGCGGCCUUGUGAAUGUUGACCUGCUUAAAAGUCUUACUCACAUCGGCUACGGAGAGCGUGAUCACAUAGUCGUCCGGAACAGCUGGUGCUCUCAUGCAUGCUUCAGUGUUGCUUGCCUCGAAGCGAGCAUAGAAGUGGUUUAGCUCGUCUGGUAGGCUUGUGUCAUUGGGCAGCUCGCGGCUGUGCUUCCCUUUGUAGUCUGUAAUAGUUUUCAAGCCCUGCCACAUCCGACGAGCGUCAGAGCCAGUGUAGUAUGAUUCAAUCUUAGACCUGUAUUGACUCUUUGCCUGUUUGAUGGUUCGUCGGAGGUCAUAGCGGGAUUUCUUAUAAGCGUCCGGGUUAGAGUCCCGUUCCUUGAAAGCGGCAGCUCUACCCUUUAGCUCAGUGCGGAUGUUUCCUGUAAUCCAUGGCUUCUGGUUGGGGUAUGUACGUACGGUCACUGUGGGGACGACAUCAUCGAUGCACUUAUUGAUGAAGCCAGUGACUGAUGUGGUGUACUCCUCAAUGCUGUCUGAAGAAUCCCGGAACAUGUUCCAGUCUGUGCUAGCAAAACAGUCCUGUAGCUUAGCAUCUGCGUCAUCUGACCACUUUUUUAUUAACCGAAUCACUGGUGCUUCCUGCUUCAGUUUUUGCUUAUAAGCAGGAAUCAGGAGGAUAGAGUUAUGGUCUGUGAGUUUUGGUGGGCAGCCCUCUCUUGCAGGUUUGUUGUGGUGCCAUAUUCUUUCCAUUUCUUAAUAAUGGAUUUAAUGUUGCUCCGUGGGAUGUUCAAAGUUUCGGAUAUUUUUUUAUAACCCAACCCUGAUCUGUAAUUCUCCACAACUUUGUCCCUGACCUGUUUGGAGAGCUCCUUGGUCUUCAUGGUGCCGCUUGUUUGGUGGUGCCCCUUGCUUAGUGGUGUUGUAGACUCUGGGGCCUUUCAGAACAGGUGUAUAUAUACUGAGAUCAUGUGACAGUUCAUGUGACACUUAGAUUGCACACAGGUGGACUUUAUUUAACUAAUUAUGUGACUUCUGAAGGUAAUUGGUUGCACCAGAUCUUAUUUAGGGGCUUCAUAGCAAAGGGGGUGAAUGCAUAUGCACGCACCACUUUUCCAUUAUUUAUGUUUUAAAUCUUUUGAAACAAGUUAUUUUUUUGAAUUUCACUUCACCAAUUUGGACUAUUUUGUGUAUGUCCAUUACAUGAAAUCCAUAUAAAAAUCCAUUUAAAUUACAGGUUGUAAUGCAACAAAAUAGGAAAAACGCCAAGGGGGAUGAAUACUUUUGCAAGGCACUGUACAAAUGAAACCAGGCAUUGGGUUGAGAAGGUUGAUGUGGGACACAUGGUUAUCCCUACCUGUUCUUCCUCGUCUGCCUGCCCACCUCAACGCUUUCUUCAAGGUUAUACACCAUGACGGCAUUUAAGUUAUUUACAGCAUGAAAAAGAAGGUGGGGAUUAUGAUAGGCUGCCAUCACGUGUGAUAUCUCAUUUGUACGCGUAUACAUUGCUGAUGCUUUCAACUGGUGUUUGUGAUAUCACACAUAAUAUGCUCAGCUGCACGUUACCAUGUGCACUACACUUACAGUGGGGAAAACAAGUAUUUAGUCAGCCACCAAUUGUGCAAGUUCUCCCACUUAAAAAGAUGAGAGAGGCCUGUAAUUUUCAUCAUAGGUACACGCAGUGGCGGCUCCUGAAAAAAUUCUCAGGAGGGGCAAUUUUUCUGAUGAUUUAGGUGACCUACACACAUUUAAAAAAAGAUAUGUCCAGCAACAACAUGAAGACAGGGGCAGCAUAUAAGUCAAUACCAGAAGCAUUUAUUGACUGAUCUCAAAAGUGUUGGCUUACCAGGGUUGGUGGAGCCCUCAGUUUCAUCUUUGCCUCGCAAAGCUAACUCAAACACUCCGCAAAACUUCACACACUGGAUUAGCCGGCUGAGGAUGUGGCGGUUCUUGCUAAUGUCGUAGUAAAUAUAUUUGUUAUAGUGAAUAUGGAAUAUGAUAUGUUGAGUAAAAUGUUGUGCUAAGAUCUAUUUAGGUCAGGAGCUGGUUAUAAGUUCUGUUCCUAUCCAAUAACAAUGGACAAAAGGGUCCUAUCUUGUCAGCCUUGUCAGCAGGUGGCCAAGGACAACACCCACGCCAUAGGCCUCUCAGUUCUUCCAACUCACGAGUUCUUGCUCUGAGGACACACACACACACAAACACACACACACACACACAUCAUCACUGUUAAACACACACACACACAUCAUCACUGUUAAACACACACACACACACACACACACAAAAAUCCCCUCUCUUAGGCUGAACAUUUGAAGACAGAGAACCCGACUCAGAGCCAAUGCAACAGUGACAGUAGCCUGCAGGGGACCUCGCCCAACUCAUCAGGACCAAUCAGAAGAUCAGAACUACUAGAUUGAACCUACUUCAUUUAUUGCAUAAAAUGUCUGCACACAAUGUUUCGGGGCUCUCUUCAGAUAAUAAUAAUAAUAAUAAUAAUAAUAAUAAUAAUAAUAAUAAUAAUAUGCCAUUUAGCAGACGCUUUUAUCCAAAGCGACUUACAGUCAUGCGUGCAUACAUUUUUGUGUAUGGGUGGUCCCGGGGAUCGAACCCACUACCUUGGCGUUACAAGCACCAUGCUCUACCAGCUGAGCUACAGAAAGUGGAUACUCAUGGAUGCGCAUUGCAAUUGUAAAAUGUCAACACAAUUGGAGACACCACGUCAUUUUUGGAGACAUGUUAUUGACAGUAAACUAUUGUAGAUGCGACUGCUAACUAACUAAAACAUUUUAGCUGGCUAGCUAAUCAUCUUAGCUAAAUGUGGGGCAAACAAUUCAGUUAUUUACCGUUAAUUUGAGGGAUUGGGGUGAAAGAAAUCGAGUUACAUAGUGAUACUUUACGAUAUACUGUAUUGACAAUAUCGCAAUAUUUUAGCGCUAGUUGGCUGUACCUGCACCAAAACACCAUUAUUGUUCCUUCAUAGCUUGUUCUCAAUCUUUUCACAUUGGGAGCCAAUUUGUUUUCAGCACUUUUAUUUCCAUGACUGAUCAAAACUCGUUCUCAUGGCUUUCUGAUCCCUCUGCAACAGACAUAUGGUGCGCAAUAAAAUCACAGUAUCGAAUCGCAAUACGUAUAGAAUCAUGAGACUCGCAAUGCUGAUGCAUAUAUCUUAUCGUGAGGUUCCUGGCAAUUCCCAGCCCAAGUUCAUUUUUAAGAGUUUGACGAACGGGUCCGUGAACGCGAUUCCAGAUAUAUUUACCUCUGAAUAAACUGCCUUUAUUACACCAUAUCCACAUCCAGUAAACUUGUGAUUAUCAACACUAACCUCAUCGUUGUGGCGGCGGACAGCUAGCCUGUAUCCCUCGUCAUCCAGUUGAGUGAGUGGCAAUGUCUUUUUUCGUUCGUACCAAUUUUUGGAAAAUCCUCGGGUGUAGGACUUUCCGCCUUUAGUAGAAACCUGUUGAAUUAUUAAAUUUGGUCUGGGAGGUCCUAAUUGUUUCGUUGCCAAUUUAUCUUCAUUUGUUCGCCGACAAAAAGGAAAUUCUUUCAAAGACACAACCGAGUUGCACUGAAGCCUAGCCAUGUUGAUAGUAGUAGUGAAUUGAUUGACGCUGCUACCCUCUCUUUUCUUAGUUACGUUCAUGUGACGAAAGCGCGUAAGUGCAAGCCCACAGACACCCAUUGAGAUUGUAUUGAAGGCUCUGAAAUUUGAAAAAAAUAGAUUUUACAUGGGAGUCUAUGACAGAAGUUCUGGGCGAUUUUCAAUCUGACUGAAAUCGCCCCAAAAGGGGGUGGAGCCAUUUGAAGCACGACUUUAGCCUGAUUCGACAUUUAGUGGCAGUGUGGCACUGUGGCAGAUCAGACGUAUAGAUUACAACACUGAUAACUACUGUUGCCGUGAUAUAAUUGAUUAGAAAAAAAAUCCCUUCCUUUUCCCGUUUGGCAGUGCGUCGCCCAUAUCGCCCUAUUGAACAGGCCGUCCCUGGGUACACGUCAACUAUGACAGACAAAUUGAGGAAAAAAAAUCCAGCAAAUCACAUUGUAGGAUUUUUUAUGAAUUUAUUUGCAAAUUAUGGUAGAAAAUAAGUAUUUGGUCACCUACAAACAAGCAAGAUUUCUGGCUCUCACAGACCUGUAACUUCUUCUUUAAGAGGCUCCUCUGUCCUCCACUCGUUACCUGUAUUAAUGGCACCUGUUUGAACUUGUUAUCAGUAUAAAAGACACCUGUCCACAACCUCAAACAGUCACACUCCAAACUCCACUAUGGCCAAGACCAAAGAGCUGUCAAAGGACACCAGAAACAAAAUUGUAGACCUGCACCAGGCUGGGAAGACUGAAUCUGCAAUAGGUAAGCAGCUUGGUUUGAAGAAAUCAACUGUAGGAGCAAUCAUUAGGAAAUGGAAGACAUACAAGACCACUGAUAAUCUCCCUCGAUCUGGGGCUCCACGCAAGAUCUCACCCCGUGUGGUCAAAAUGAUCACAAGAACGGUGAGCAAAAAUCCCAGAACCACACGGGGGGACCUAGUGAAUGACCUGCAGAGAGCUGAGAGAGUAACAAAGCCUACCAUCAGUAACACACUACGCCGCCAGGGACUCAAAUCCUGCAGCGCAAGACGUGUCCCCCUGCUUAAGCCAGUACAUGUCCAGACCCGUCUGAAGUUUGCUAGAGUGCAUUUGGUUGAUCCAGAAGAGGAUUGGGAGAAUGUCAUAUGGUCAGAUGAAACCAAAAUAGAACUUUUUGGUAAAAACUCAACUCGUCGUUUUCCUCAUUUUGUCUGUCAUAGUUGACGUGUACCUAUGAUGAAAAUUACAGGCCUCUCAUUUUUUUAAGUGGGAGAACUUGCACAAUUGGUGGCUAACUAAAUACUUUUUUUCCCCACUGUAUACUCAUGUGCAAACAAAGUCACUUAUACUGGAAAAUAAAUAAUAGAAAACUCUCUGAAUAGAGAUUACAACAGGUUAGACGACUAGACUGCUGAGGAUCAAGUGUUUUAAAUCGACAUGAAAUGAGCUGGAAAUAUGGACCGAUUCCUUUGACUUGUAAUGUGGUUGAUAGAGGAUAUGUUGAAUUUGAAGUUAGACCUUUAUCUCAUGGGAUAAUAUGAGUUUAACCAAGGCCAUGCAUGGAGAUGAGGAAGUACAGUGUGUCGUUAGGCUCCAUAUAGUAGUGCUGGAAGCUGCACUCCAUCAGAGGUGAUUGGCAGAUGGUUAAUGUGUGAACUGGGAUAUAACAUGGAGAAGAGACUCUCCCCUCCAAACCCUAAUGUGGAUCAGAAUAUAGUCUAGAUAGAUAGUCUUCCCCUCUAAGCCAGUGACUCCCCCAUCGUGAAUGAUUGAUAGGAAGAGAGGACGUCUUCUUGCUGGAAGGCUGCAGGGUGUGUACUAUGUGAUAGGAUGACCCAUAACCCUAAAACCACACACUUUUAUUCCUGUUUCAACUCUGGAAUGAUCCAAUUCUAUCCUGAACUUAAGUUUAAAGAAGGAAUAUUGUGUCAUGGUUAGGGUUGCAAAGGGAGGGUGUAAUACUGGAAACUUUUUAGGUUUAUCGGUAAACUACCAGAAUUUUGUUAUCUUUCAAGGAUUUUAUGUAAUAUAUCACAAGACAUCUAGUGGCCUUUUUGAGUACUUCAGAAUAUCACAAAUGUCUGUAAUUAUCUCUGGCACUCUGUGCAGCCUUAUCGCAUGUAAAAUAUAUAAAAUAAUUAAAUAAGAUGGAUUUCAAAUAAAAAACAGAAUGAGAAAGCUGUAAAACAUUAUCCUAAAUAUAAAUCAUCAAUUUAGUGAAUAUCGUUGGGGUUUAAUAUGAGGGUAUCAUCAUGAAAUAUCCUUUAUAUUUUUUUUACACACUUUUAUUUUUUUUUGUAUGUCAAUAUGUAUUUGUUGUCAAUGUUUUUGCAUCAAACUGGUGUCAGUUGUGAAAAUGUAAAUAGUUGGACGAGUUGCAGAGAGAAUUGAAAAUAAUGCCUUUGUUGAACUAUAUGGUCUAUCUACUAGAAACACAAGGACAAUAUGGACACAAAAAAAAAUUCACAAAAAGAUAUACAACUAUAAAUUACCAAACAUACAAUAGAUUGCCAUAGAUCUUCUGUUAAUUACCCAAAUUACUGAAGAUUCCAGUAACUUUGGUAAAUUACCGGUAGCUUUGUAACCCUAGUAAUGGUAUGUUUUAUCAAUCAAUAGGAGAAUGUGUAAGCAGUGUGUUUCUCCCUAAUUCUUCUCCUGAGUCUGAGUCUUGCCAGUAGUUAGUUCACAUACGGCUCGUGUCUUCCUUAUUUACUAUGUUUGUGUACUUCUCUACUAAUAUGUGUGUACACACAAAUGGCAUUACUCACUUAGUUAACCAUUAGGCCAUUGUCCUCUAAUUCAAUGAUUCACUUAGUAUUAACUAAUUGGAUUUCACCCCCUAACAUCAACUGGGCAGUCGCACAAGUACCAAAUACCUGCUUCAAUGACUGCCAAUUAUAUUCAACCCAUUCAAAAUAAUUAAUGAAAUCAAGCGCUGCCGUUCAAAAGAGCCACUAGGUGUGAGUGAGGCCCUUUUGUACUGCACGGUUACCACAGCACUUUUCCCUUUCUCCUCCUCUGGUCCAAAUCCAGCCGAGCUCAGCUAUAGGCCCUGUCACCUCCCCAGACCCAUACUCAUGUGCUGAUCCUUGGCGUCUUGCUCAGAGUUUUCAUCAUCCUCCCAAUGCCCCAGAUCAAUUUUUUAUUAUGGGCGUUGACACGCCCCCCCCCACCCCCCCCCCCCCCCCCCCCCCCCCCCCCCCCACCCCCACCUCCUCCAUCCCUGAGAGUGUGUAGAUUAAUUAAGCAGACAGACAUGCGACAGCCGUAGCGAUAACGAGGGAGGGAGGCGCUGGCCCAGUUAGUGAUUUUAAUUGCCGCCGACAACAGGUCGCUCUUGUUAUAAAGGAGUGAUUGCAGCAGCAUGUGAGAUAGAUGCUGUUGAGUUACCUAUUGAUAGAUAUCAUAACGGAGGUGACUACGUCAUUGGAUGAGGAGGAUGGAUCGAGUUGUAUUAAUAAUUGAUUCACAGUCCAUCAUCUGAACGCAAAUAUCAAAUUCACACGCACGCACGCACAGUCACAUGUGCUCUCUUUCUCAUGAGCACACACACACUCAGUCACAUGCUCUUUCUCUCUUUCUUGCUCUCUCUCACACUUUCUCUCACAAGCACACACACACAGACAAACACAACCCAUCCAAUUAUCCUCCAUGGGAUUUUCAAACAAUGUACUUUGUAUCAUAGAUCAAUACUAUUAUCUAUUGGAUGCAUCAAAUAGAGGUUCUAAUUUGUUUGGAAGAAUUCUGCAGGACUCAUUUUACUAUUUAGACCUAACUAAGCAUUACAUUAAUUUGGGUAGCAGGAAUGUUAUAAGAAGUAUUAGUAAAGUACGCUCCUGCUCUUUUAAGUUCAAAUCCAUCACAGAAACAGUUUGAUGCAAAUACUAAUUUCAUAGGAAACACACAAGCCUGAAGUAAAACAAAAAAAAGUAACUUUUAAACUGACUUUGUCCACUUGUCUUCUCCCAAAAAACGUCUCACAAUCAUUUUAGGAAGUUUUCCAAGCAGAUUUAAUUCCUGAAAUACUCAAUUAUAGUAAGCCAACGUACAAUCAUGCUUGUGACAGGCCCGCUGAUAGUAGAUCCAUUUCUAUAGGCUCUUGGGGUGUUUCCGGGUGAAUUAGGGUGCUUUUUCUCAAAGCCUGUAGCUAAGCCCCUUAGUGAUUGUAGAUGACUGGGAUUUCUCUGAAAGGCAUUAAGGUGUUCUGAGCCCCACACUCCCUCCCUCCUCUUCAAAUCCGAGCCACUUCAUGUAAUCGAGCAGAUUUGAGGAAGCCACUUGCAGUGCCAUAUGUGACCGACCAGCUUGAUUCGGUGUUAUGUAGCAACAUUUGAAAUUGUGUUUUUUACAUUGGAUAAAAGUAGAGACUCAGAGCUAGAAAAUUGUAUAUCAUACACUACAGUUGAGGAACAAUGAGAAAGUCAUUCUGCUUUGAAAGUUGAUAAACUUGGAACCUCACUUUUGAGAAAAUGGCCUUGAAUGUUUUGGUACACCUACUGGAGAGCUCUUCUUUGUCUACACCAUUCAGCAUCGUUCACACCCAUCACUUUAAGGAUUCACAUGUGAGGCCAUGUACUAAACAACCAAAGAUUUCAAGACUAAAGGCUGGUUUAUACUACGGGUGUAUUCAUAAAUUGAAUCUGGAGUGCCAGAGUGUGUUCAGAGCGUUUCGAUCUCGGGACGUUCAGAGCGCACACUGGACGCUCUGGCCGAGGAGUACAGUUGAUGCGAGCAUUCUGACCUAACAACAGCGGGUUCUGUCCUAUUCAACGGGUGUUGAGCGUUCGUAAAUGUGUCAGUUAUUCCGCACUCUGGCACACUCAGACUAGAGUGCUCUGAAAUCGGAGUAGAUAGCCAGAGCAAAUUUACCAUCUACGUCUAUCGACAGUUGCCGCAGUGA